AAUCAUGUUCAUUCAUAUCCUCGCGACAACUUCACAUAAAUUUACAGUUCCUUCCUGAUUUGGUUUCUUCGAACAAACCAUCUCAACAUGGGUGCAGCAGCUGGCAAUGCGGAUGGUUGGCCAUCUCGUGGCAUGCCUCGGGAACAGGCGCAAAAGGACCGAGGCCGUCUGGAGCCCACCAGCACAACCGACUUCGAAAAAUCAACGACAGCAUCAGAUUUGUCUAAUCUCUCGCCCACUCCACCUGCAAUUGUAGUCGACGCUGGAAGUCAGGGUGAGGGUCAGCUGAAAAACGAAGAAGCGAAUGUAAAACUACUAAGCGGAGAUCAUGACUGUAGUCCAGUAGAGGAGCCUGAGGCAUUAGGUUUUUCAGAAACCGAAAGCACAACAGGAAUAGAUGUACCACGGAAGUCGAGACCGCGGACGUCGUUAACGUUAUUUGAUGACACAUCCGAGGACCGCAGGAGCGCGAGGACCGCGUUACAUGAAAAUUCUUCACGAGGACCAAGCUUUUCCUCGUCCAGACAGUACACCGAGAUCCGCUGCUUCACCUUCACCUCGAAAAACCUGUACAACCUGAAUUGCGGGUCUAUCGAGCUGAUCGACCGAGACGCGAGAAUUUGUGGCUUUCAAGAACUGGAC